AUGUCAGAGAAUAUACGCAUGCAAGGAACGCAUCGCCAGGAAUAUCCGCACACCCCACGCCGCAAGCGUGUCGGUCUGGCUUACGCAAAAAGACAAAAUGUUCAGGUGAACAUCCUGUCUGCUCGCAUUGUGCACGGCUUCAUCAGACUUGUACAUAUAUUCCGAGUGGUCGCAUCUCUCGGAGAUCGUCUGAGACCCCAGCCAUCGAUGCUCGCUCUGAGAGCUCGACUGAUGGACCUCCUUGGAUGGUACGAACUUUUAUCCUGCAAGCAAAUAGACAUCCCAUUUUAUCAAGAUCAUGCAAUUCCUUCAUUACCUAACUGGGAAAACAAUGCAGAAGUUGCCUUACCGCCGUGGGAAAAGGUGCUUGAGAUUGCCCAAGUAUUUUUGGUCUACUGCGACUGCCAACCACUUCCUUUAUUUCAUCGCCAAACCUUGUUAGCAACAUUAGGUCAUCGAGAUCCUGAAGUUGUUUAUGCUAUUUUAGCAUUGGCUAUCAGAUUCUGUUCGUCUGAUGUGUUGACUAAUGCAGACGGUAACACAUCUUCUCUGGGUGCAUUGGUACCGUCUUAUCUGGAAGCUGCGCGCGAACGUGUGAUAAAGCGCGCUCUUGGUGGUCCGGUAGAAAUAUCUACACUCCAGACCCUCUGUUUAUUGAGCAUGGUGGAAUAUACAAAUGACAAUACCCAUCAAGCAAUAAUACUUAGCAGUCUGGCUAUGAACCUUGCCAAGUGUGCCAACCUUGCGUUCGAAUCGGCAUCUAUACAUAAUCACGCCAUCAUGGAGGAACGUCGCAGGUGUUUUUGGAGCAUCUGUUUACUGCGUCGAUUUCAAGGCGAAGAUGUACAUGUUCUGGAUUUUGCCAGUCCGGAAACUCUGGCAAAGUAUCCAAAGAGUACCGGAAUUGCUCCCGAUAUCACGAAGACUGAUACUCCUAGUCUGGAAGUCCGAAUCGCCAGAGGGAUGAAAGACGAAGGCAUUGUAGCGUAUUAUCUACAACUAAGCGAGAUAUUUUCUCGGACAGCAGGAUACGUCAAACACAGGGGCAGGUCUAAUGGAUUCUUACCAUGGUCACCGGAAUCUGAAUACUCAAAAAUCAUUGCUCUGCAAAUGGAGAGCGAGACCCGCGUUCCGUAUGUUCAUCGCUUCAAGUUUUCAGGUAUCCCUGAUAGAACUGUGGAUGAUUUGCAGUCUAAUCGAGACUACUGGGGUCCUUGGUUCUUUAAUCAGUUUAUGUAUCAUACGAUCCUUUGUCUUCUCAAUCAUCCUCUAUUACUCUCACUGAGUCUGCGCAACCACAGAAGCACUAUUCCUGAGAUUUUCAUACAGCAUUCAUCGGACAUGAUAUCAACGCACACUUCUUGGAUUGUUUAUUUUGUGAGGUAUUUUGAGGAAAAGAGAUUUCGGAUAUCUGAUCCUUUCUUGGGAUACUGCGCUGCUGUUGUUGCGACUAUCGAGCUACAGCUCAGUUUUACCGAAGACGAAAGCAUUCGAAAGGACAAGCAAGAACGUUUCGAGAGUUGUUUGAAUUUUGUACAAGAUUUAGGCAAGGAGUGGCCACACAUGGCGAAAAUGGCAGAGAAACUGCAGGCCUUGAAUGGAGCUGUUUCCGCAUCAUAUGUUCCAUACAGCCGAACACAAGACAAAAGUCUUGUCAUUGAUUUAUCUAGGUUCUGGGAGAUACUUGAUUAUUCAUCCGGCUUUUCGGAUGAGCGAAGUAGCCUUUUUGGAUCGACACUGUUCUCAGAGAGCCGUAACAAGGCACAUGAAGUCUCCAGCACCACACCUCUGCCGGAACCAACCAGAAUAAGGGUUUCACGGAGAACGUCACAACAAGCCACUGGCAAUAGCGGGACCAUACCGGAGGAAUCUGGCUAUGACUUUGACACUGGACUGCUCCCAUCAGAGAUUAACAUUCAUGGAGACCAGUACUCCAUGCUAGCCGAGAAUUUCUUCUCCCAAGGACAAGACUUUUUGCGCAAUACAGAAGAUUGGUUUACUGCAGGCAACUUAUGAUAUAUCGAGGAUACCGACCUUAAAUA